CCUAGCAAAAACUGAGCAAUCAACAGCAUUUCUUAUUCCCAUAUCACCCUUCUGAGCAUCUCUCUGCCUGCCGAAAUACUGAGGCCACUAUACUUGGAUACCAUUUCUCCGCUCCAGGCACUGGAUAAGCCCACCAAGCUGGGGUGGCCUCAUUCCAAUGAUGGCUCCCCAUGCCAGCUGCUUCUUACUGGCGGUGGUGUUUUCUAUGAGCUGUAAAACCAUCACCUCCUUGAAUCAGAUGUGCACUGAGGAAUCAAGGGCAGAAUUCAAAAUACUUGGCUCCCAUGGAACCUAGGAUGAGGCAAUCAUCUGAACUUAAAUGCAUGGCUGUUCCCCAGUGCUGGGGUCUGGUAUCAGUAGCUUGUGGUUCCAAAGAUCCAGAAAUGAGUCAUGCUUCAAAGUUGCAUAGUCUCAUGACCUACAGGCUAUGCCACCCUGCUAGUUUGUUUAAAUUGUGUCUUAAGAAAAAAAAAUUCUGAUGUAGUGUUCAGUGAUUCAUUAGUUGCAUAUAACACCCAGUGCUCAUCACACCAUGUGCCCUCCUUAAAUAUUAUGAAAAUUUCUGAGCAGAUACAGAAGUCGUUAGUUAUAAAGAAUGUCUGUGAGUAUAUAUCUAUAUUCAACAAUCAUCAUUAUUUUGCCUAUUGAUUUCACCUAACCAUUCCUCCCUUCCUUUUUUCCCUGAGUAUUCUAAAGGAAAUCCCCAACAUGAAGUCAUUUUACCCAGAAAUACUUCAAAAGGCUUCUCUAAAGAAUACGAACAUUGCACUUAUAAUCAAUAAAACUCACAAUUCCUUAAGAUCUUCUAAUAUGCUAUCCUCAAGUUUUUCUUGAUAGUCCAUAAAAUCUCUUUUCCUAAUGCUUUAUUUGAAUCAGAAAAGGUAGCAUAAAAUAUGCAACAUUCUACAUACCAUAUACAUGUACUACGUACCAUGUAGGAGCAUUCUGUACCUGGCUUUUUACACCUGACAGCAUACCUGGAUAUCACUCCAUGUCAGCAUGUGGGGGUUUUCCUCAUCCUGUCUUCAUCUGCAGAAGGUUCCAUCUUGUGAAUGUACUGUAUUUCAUUUAACAAGUCCUGUAUUGAUGAAUAAGUUGGUUAUUGCCUAUCUUUUGGUAUCACAAAAAUUACAAAAAUGACUAUAGCAAAUAAUCUUUUGCAUGAGCCACUUUGUGUCUUUGCAGAUAUUUAUUUGGUCAAGAUCACUAGAAGAGAGAUUGCUGUUCAAAGGAUAAAUGUAAUUUUGCUAGUCGAUCAAAUUACCAACUCUGUUAGGAAUUUACAUUGUUUCUCUCAUCAGAAAGAAGCCAACAGCACAUAUAACUGUGAAAAUUUAGGUCUCACGGGAGUUCCUGACACUCUACCAAAUACAACAGAAUUUUUGGAAUUUGGCUUUAAUUUCCUACCUACACUUGAAAAUACAACUUUCAGCAGACUUGUAGAUCUGAUCUUCUUGGACUUAACCAGGUGCCAGAUUAACUGGGUACAUGAAGAUACUUUUCAAAACCAUCAUCAAUUGAACACAAUUGUGCUGACUGGAAAUCCUCUGAUAUUCAUGGCAGAAACCUCUCUUAACGGACCCAUGUCACUGCAGCAUCUUUUCCUAAUCCAAACAGGAAUAUCCAAUCUCGAGUUUAUCCCAAGUCAGAAUCUGGAAAACUUGGAAAGCUUGUAUCUUGGAAGCAACCAUAUUUCCUCCAUUAAGUUCCCAGAAAACUUCCCAACCCAGAAUCUGAAAGUUCUGGAUUUUCAGAAUAAUGCUAUACACUACCUCUCCAGUGAAGACUUGCAUGCUCUGGAGAAGACCACCAACCUAAGCCUUAAUUUCAAUGGAAAUGACAUUAAAGGCAUUGAGGCUGGAGCUUUCCAUUCAAAAAUCUUCCAAAGUUUGAAUUUUGGAGGGACUCUUAACUUGUCUGUUGUAUUAAAAGGUCUACAGAACUCCUCUAUUCAGUCUCUCUGGCUGGGGUCAUAUGAGGACACGGAUGACCAAGACCUUACUUCAGCCAUGUUUGAUGGACUUUGUGAAAUGUCUGUUGAAAGCAUCAAUCUGCAGAAGCAAUAUAUCUCUGAUAUCUCAUCUACUACAUUUCGGUGCUUCACUCAACUCCAGGAAUUGGAUCUGACAGCAAAUCACUUAAAUGAGCUCCCCUCUGGGAUCAAGGGGAUGAAGGCUCUCAAGAAAUUAGUUCUCAAUGUAAACAUAUUUGACCAAUUGUGUCAAAUCAGUGCUGUCAGUUUUCCAUCCCUUCUAGACCUCUCUAUCAAAGGCAACAAGAAGAAACUUGACCUCGGUGUCGGCUGUUUGGAAAAACUAGAAAAUCUUCAGAAACUUGAUUUAAGCCACAGUGAUAUAGAGGCUUCUGACUGCUGCAAUAUUCAACUCAAAAACCUGUCCCACUUACAAUACCUAAACCUGAGCUACAAUGAGCCUCUUGGACUCCAGAGUCAGGCGUUCAAAGAAUGUCCUCGGCUAGAAGGUCUAGAUUUGGCAUUUACUCGCUGGUAUGUUAAGGGUCCACAAAGUCCUUUCCAAAACCUCCAUAUCCUACAGGUUCUGAAUCUUUCUCACUGUCUCCUGGAUACCAGCAAUCAGCAUCUUCUAACAGGUCUGGUGGAUCUCCGCCAUCUAAAUUUACAGGGGAAUCACUUUCAAGAUGGGAGUAUCUCAAAGACCAACCUACUUCAGACCUUGAGGAGCUUGGAGAUUCUUAUUUUAUCCUCCUGUGACCUCCUCUCCAUAGACAAGCAAGCAUUCCAGAGCCUUGGGAAAUUGAGUCACGUUGACUUAAGCUACAACAACCUGAUGGGCAAUAGUAUUGAUGCUCUUAGUCAUCUUCAGGGAAUCUACCUCAAUAUGGCCGCUAAUAACAUUCAUGUCAUCCCAUCUCAUCUCCUCCUCACCUUGUCCCAGCAGAGCACCAUUAAUUUAAGUCACAAUCCCCUGGACUGCACUUGUUCGAAUAUUCAUUUUAUAACAUGGUACAAAGAAAACCUACAGAAAUUUGAGGGCUCGGAGGACACCAAGUGUGCAAACCCUCCGUCUUUAAAGGGAGUUAAGCUGUCUGAUGUCAAACUGUCUUGUGGGAUUACGGCCAUGGGCAUUUUCUUUCUUGUAGUAUUUUUAUUCUUGAUUGCCCUUCUGCUCAUUUUUUCGGUUAAAUUCCUUCUGAGGUGGAAAUACCAGCACAUUUAAUGCUGAACGCUUCUAGAGAUGUCAAGUCAAUAUGUUUAUGAAAAUGCCUGAAGAAAGGGAAGAGUUGUCUGUUCCUUUUCAGCCUGGCAGACUUCUCGGACUGGUUCCUGUAGCUGGGCAGGGAUUCACUGUGCUUCUCUGAGUCCUAGAGCUAAUGAACCUUCCUGGAACUUAAACUGACUAGGGCUAGGGGGCCCAACAACAGCUGUGAGAGACCCAGAGCCAUUUCUUCACAUGGAAGGUGGUUGGAGGACCCUUGGCAGGGAAAGGCCAGGAGAGGAAUGCACAGGAAGCCAUCUCCCUUCUGGUUGUGGAUACCCCUUGAAGCAGCUCCUACCAUGACUUUAAGAGGAAAUCAACUCCUCCAACUAGGCAGUGUGGACAGAGUUUGGCAGCCCAAACUCUGUCUCCCACAGCUUGGACAUCAUGCUUGGCUCUGAAUCCUCAGUAAGGCAUAUUUACUUGAAAAAUGUGUUGAGGAUAAAGUCUCAAAGCUUAUUUUAAAUGGAAAAGGGGAUACACAGCGAAUUUAAAAGAAGAGGCCGAGAAAUGAAUCUGACCUAAAAUCAACCUCACUGAUCUCUUUAAUCCUUGGGUCUCUAAGCCUUCUACAAAGCAGCUAGGGUGUAAAUAGCUACCAAAAAAAAAAAAAUCACCCCCACUAGCCCCCCGGCUCCCAACGUCUAGGAGUUUUGCUCCAUUGGCCACCCUCUCUUCAGAAUCCCAGAAGCUCCUUCUACCUAUCUGGGGCACUUGCUCUUAUGUUAUAAAUCCUACCUUACACAUGGGCUGUGGUCCAAAUGAUCUUCUCAUUUGGAUGUCUGGUCCUUAGAAGCUUCUUUCCCACAGGAGCUAUGAAAUAAAUAGUGCUUCGGUUGCCAGGCCAGCUCUCAACACUCUAUUUACCUGGGACAGCAAUCAAUAUAGCACAUUCACAUUGAAAACUGGUGGAAAAAAGCAUAGUUGUAAGCUAGCCUUCCAGAACAAUAAGCUGGCUUACUGAGGUCCCAGUGAGGGUGGGGGUGUCGGCAAUGGUUAUACCAGUGGAAAAGAGAGGACAAGACUGUUGAAUGUCAAGAGGGAGAGAGGACAGGGAAGAGGAAAGUGUUUUGACUUGAGCCUUACAAGGUACAAAGGGUCAUUCUCAUGUACGGCUUGAUCUUCUGUAGUCUUCCUGGUAGACAAGAGCUGGAACAUGUUGCCCUUAGAUGUUACAUUUAUAUGGUCUUAAGUUCUGUAACUAAUUUUAGGCUAGAGAUGGUAACAUAGAGUUAUGAAAAUCUGAUUGGUUAUCAAAAUAACAUUGAUUAACGUUCAUAUCCAAUGGGAAUUGAUUAGCCCUUCAGAUGAGGGCAUAAGAGUGUAUCACAGUAACAAAGUAGAAACUUGGGGAGCAAGCUCUCUUUACCUCUGUAUCCCUGAGAACCGCAGGAAAGACAGGAAAUGCUGACAAAAUGCCAUAGACCUCUACUGCAAAUGCUCUGUUAGCCUUGGGGCUUUUUUUUUUUUUUUUUUUUUUUUUUUUUUUUUUUUUUUGUGCAGUCCUGCAUGGGAGGCCCAGGUUUUUCAGAAGUUCUCCUGGGUGCAAAACUUAAGGGGGAAACCAAAAAAUUCAGUAAGCAAGACAAAAACAUUUUAAUGCAGUAUUUUAAAAACUUUAAUGACAGAAAUACAUGGUAAAUAAAAUAUAAACAUUUAAAAAAACAGGAUCCAUAAUAAUAGUCCCAUGCUGAACUAUAUUAGAGCCUGAGGCAAAAGGAAAAAUCUAAACCUGACUUUGUUCAAAAUUUUGAUAUUUUGCAUUAGUUUUUUAAUUUAAUGUUGCAUAAAAUAUUAUCUUCAUUACUGAGUUCUUUGGUGCUCCCUUAAAUUUAGCACCCAGGGUGGGUGUCUCACUGUCAUUACCCCGUUGCCACCCUGAGGAAUGUUAGGAAGUAGGGAUUCCCAACUAAUUCCCAGGCCACAGUUCACCUAGGGGUCUAUGAGUGGGCAUAUGCUAUCUCAGUUUUACUCAGAAGUAUCUGUCCAUUUCCCCUCACUUUCUGGAAGUAGCCCAAAGUGUCCAAGAACUUACACCUUGUUCCCCAUCCUCAGGUAACUUCCAACUCUUGGACUCCCAGGCAUCCUUCCUUCAAAGCCAAGAGAGGGGGCAGAGAUGAAUGGGUACCUUAUUCCCCUGAGCUCUAGGGAACCUUGACCUGACCAGCGAGGGCAGGCUGAGUACCACUCUGCUGAUGAAAUGAAAUAUCACACAAUUAGCUGGUUUAAUGAUCUCAAAUAUCAGCGUUUGGGAAAACAGAUGCCUGAAAAGGAAGCUUUCCUGAACUUUCCUGAGGGAACAUUGGAGAUGUUGUCAUUUACAUGUGUGUGUGGAAAGAGAAAGGAAGGGCUGGAAAUAUGAGGAGACUGGGCCUCACCUGUCAUCUACCUUUCUUCCCUGGCUAGGAUGGUGGGGCACCAUUCUUAGAAGACCAGUUCGAGCCACCGUGGUUUGGUAUUGAUUGGCCUUGAGUAUGGCAGUGACCAAGGCCUUUUUACACUGAGUUGUGGGCUCAGGAGGGACUUGAUACAAAAGUGGAUGGGGCUGCCUUGGCCAGGAUCUGUCAGUGUGCAGAGUGGGGGCUAUUCUGGGCGGCUUCCUAACAGCUGCUACAGGAAAGUCUCCUCAUUCUGGGGACCUAGAAGCAAGGUUAGUUUAAGAGUUCAGGCUACCAACCUUCUCAAGUCGAGAGAGAGCACCCCUGCCGACUCCAGCAGCCCAUGUGGCCCACUGUCGUGCUGGAGCCACGACUUAACUUUGACAAGUCAAGCGGGAAGGGAGCAGAACACACAGUCAAUUUGUUUCAUUGAUGGUGUUCAUUUGCUUGUAGCAAAUUAGCUGAUCAGCUCUGGAAGCUCUGGGAGAUUUCCCUGGUAGUCACGGUGAAGAUGCAAACACCCUGCUCCCUGUUUCCUCCCUCUCUCCCUUCUCUCUUUCUCUUUCCUUUUUCUUUCCUUGGGGUUCCUUACCUUCUUUCCUGCUCUCCUCCCCUCACUUUGCUUCCUUCCUUCUUUGCUGGUUUCAUGCUUUCCUUCCUCCCUUCAUCCAUAACAGAGUAUGGAAGUCCAGGCUCUCUGAAUCCAGUCUAAGACAGAACCAAGCCACUGAGUUCCCUGUGCAUUCUAGCAAAUUCAGGUUCUCCAGGAUUUAAGCUGAAGACACAAAAUGUUAACUACUGACUUACCACUCCGUAGCCACACUGUCCUCCACAGUAGUUCAUGUGGAAGAACAAAAACAUAAUAUUCUGUUCGGGAUAUCCGUGAUGCACAUGGCAUCACAUGAAAGACAGUGGGGUCCUAAGGCCCAGCAAAAUGUAAUUGCCCAUCUUGCUUUCAUCUAAAUCAGGCACGCGCCCCUUCCGUGUCAUGCAACUUGCUAUUCCAUAACCGCACGCUGAUCUAAGGCUUUGUGACAGUUCCUCUGUUUUAAGCAACAGUAAAUUCACCCUGCAAAGUCAGAAAGGGAGCUUUUUUUGAUAGCUGCUGUCAAUUUUAUUGCUUUAUCCUGGUUACUAGGAUAGAAUCUGAAGACAUGGUGUGUUUAUUGGUUUUAUGUAUCGCAUGUUGUUACCGCUCUGACAAGCUACUCCUAUAAAAAUGUGUUAUUAUUGCAUGUUGUAGCUCAGUGAGCUGACCCUGCAUUUCAAAGUGUACUGAAGCAAAUAGCAUUGAAGUCCAUAAAAGCUGACUGGCCUCCAUCACAGAGGACUCUUUGUGUGAGCUGCAACUCCCACCGUCUGGUGGCAAAUUAUACCUUUCCCGUGAGCCAGGGGCCAUCAUUGCUAACCAAACACAGCACAGACCCAAACACAGGCGGUAUCUGUAGAAUUCCCAGGCAGGAAACUCUCAUCUCAUUCCUACUCAGCCAAUUCCUCACUAAGUAUCAUUUGCAGUUUUGAACUUUACAAAGUAUGAGAUAAAUGGCUUUUAAAUAUUUUUUGUAUAAGAUGCAAAUGGGGCAGCUGCCAUGGUUUUCUCGCUUGAAUGCUGAAGAAAAAGUUAGCUUGAGACAUAGCAAGAAGGAAUGUUAUGAGUUCUAAGCAAGUCACAGCUGGGGAUCCUGGGUGUUUAACCAGAAUCAAUUGCCUCGAAAGUUAAGAGUUAGAAUGUUUCAUAGGGAGAAGGUGAGGUUAGCUUGAAGGCUUCAAAGAAUGGACCAGCCAGGUGUGGCUCCCAGAUACUGGUUUAUGGCCAGAAUCAUCUGGGGGAUUACUUACCAAACAAAUUCCUCUGCCUAACCCCUAGAUGUUGGAAUUGUGCUAGACUGGGUUUGGCUCUAGUCUCUAAGCCAAAUGAUUUCACGCAUGCAAAAUAUCCUUCCCUAAUCUUACAUUCAUCAAUAUAGAGCUGAGUCACAUGUUAGGCUCCAUGAAUCAAAUGAAUUGAAGAACUGCUCAAUGUUCAAUAAUGGGAAUAAGGGACUAAGGAGCCUUCAAACCCAAGAGCGAGACAUCCCAGGGCAUGCAGCCUAUUAUUCUCUUGCUACAAUUGCCAGGCCACAAGACUCUGUUGCUAAACUCUGGUGCUCCCCUUACGACCCUCCACCCGCACUCCCAUUCCAUCCCUUCUACUUACAGUAUGACAUCAUUUAUUGAAUAAUGCUGGUCUUGAGAAAAGAAAGAACUAAUCUACGGAUUAUUUUAAAAAGUCAUUACUGUUCAUGAAAAAUUAAACAGGGAAUUUCACUGAACUCUCAUCUCCCCAAGUUGAGAUAUUCUCUAAGCAUGUGACUGUUCAAGACAAGGCAUUAGAUCCCACAAAAGUUGGCAGAGGACAAGGGCCACCUUGGGUCUCCCUUUUUAGCUUUCUCUGAUCUUUGGAAACAACCUAAAUAUUCAAUAAUAGAUAAAUGACUUAAUAAGUCAGAUGAUGUGAACAAACUGGGAGAUGUUCUACAUUCUUGGGUGGGAUAGGAACAUUGGAAACUUGUUGGUAUGACUAGGAGUUGGAGGAAUACAACUUAAAAGGAGAUAAAGGUUUAUAUCUAUUAGUCAAGCAAAAAGAAAGAGCUGAAUAAUAGCAUCGGUAGGGAUGUGGGGUUAUAGGGACUAUGUGCAUGCUUAUGGACAUAGAUGGGUGAAGCCAUUCAAGAACCUUGUGACAACAAUUAGUCAAGUUAAAUAUGUGACCCACACGUUCUGUGAGGGUGUAUUUCCCAAGAAAAUCUCACAUUUCCACAAUAUUUAGUGUGGCAUUAUUUAUGGAGGAGGAUCUUCAAAGCAGUGUGAGUGUUCAUUACCAGGAGAAUGGGUAGGUACAUGUGGAAGAUUCCCACCAUGGGUAUUAUACAGUCAUCGGGAACAGUGGGUUAUAUAUAGCUAUGGCUGUGUAUUGGAACAUUAAACACACCGUGUCAGAGGAGGUCAUCCAUAGGACAUGACUACUGGUUGACCCAUGAGUUGGACCUGCACCAUCAGAGGCUACACACGCCCUCCCAUUCUUGGAAUGGACAUUCUACCCCCAUUCCCACAAUGCGAGCUGUUUGAAGGAGCAGUCUGCAGGGAGCCACGUGCUGUUGAUCUGGAUGGUACAUGUACCUGAACCCUAUUAAGAGGUCUGUAUAAACUUGAAAGAUUCUGGCACAUGGAUGCAGAGAUCUACCUGUCUGUGGUCACCCAACACAAGCCUCAUAUGCAAGUUUCCUUGUUUAUUAAACCUGCCACCUACCAACCUGGA